AUGGCUUUAAAUGCUUCGGACUGGCUUGUGUACUCGUCGUUCAUCCUCGUCCUGGGGGUGAUAUGGCAUCGCUUGCGUCGCCAGAAUAGAUCACAGUUGCUACCACCUGGCCCACCACCGAAACCGUUGAUAGGAAAUUAUCUCGACGUCCCCAAGAUAAUGUCAUGGAAAAAAUUCUCACAAUGGAGAAAGCUCUAUGGCGACCUCGUAUACCUGACAGUCCUCGGGAACAAAUUUCUCAUCCUAAACGACAUGGAAAGUAUGCGCGAGCUUCUUGAGAAGAGAUCGCAGAAGUAUUCCGAUAGACCAUCGUUUGUGAUGGCAAAAUACAUGGGGAUUGAGAACAAUUUGUCGUUCGCUCCCUAUGGUCCAUAUUGGAGGCAAGGACGGAAGCUCAUACAUGGAACCGUUAACCAGGAAGCCGUCAAGAAGUAUCAUUCGCUGCAGGAGAAUGUUACCGCCAGAUUUUUGAGGGAUUUAGUGGAAUAUCCUUCAGAAGCCAUGAAGCAUCUGCAUAUGGCCACGGCUCAUAUCAUUGCUUCCGUAACCUAUGGGUUUUCUAUCGAUACCCCAAGCAAUGUGUACUUCGACGAAUUUGCCGAAACGGAGCGAAUCGUACUGAAGGGCGUGGUUCCGGGGGCCUAUCUGGUUGAUAUGAUUCCUCAAUUAUGGUAUCUGCCAUCCUGGGUCCCAUUUAACAGCAUACGGCGAACAGCUGAGAGGGGGCGGCAGCGAGUGUCUGAUAUCGUGCACCAUCCGAUAGAGCAGGUAGAACAGGAUAUGAAACAAGGAGCAUCUCCAGCUUCGUUUGUUUCGGAUCAUUUAAGGGAAAGCGGGGGCGAUGAAGUGAUAAAACAGCAGCUCCCUUGGGUAGCGUGGUCAAUAUAUGAAGCCGGAAAUGACACAACAAGUGGAACAAUGCUGGUCUUCAUGCAUGCUAUGGCGUGCUUCCCAGAGGUCCAGACCCGCAUGCGUGAGGAGAUACACAGAGUCGUAGGGACUGACCGCCUGCCGUCUUUUGCUGACCGGGAACGGCUGCCAUAUAUUAAUGCGGCAAUUAAGGAGAUAUACCGCUGGAAGCCCAACACACCGUUGGGUGCACCAAGGAAAUUACAAGAUGCCGAUGUCUAUAGAGGGUACUACAUACCGAAAGGCACCAUUAUUAUGUCUAAUGUCUGGUUGCUCAGCCGGGACCAGGAUAGUGGCAUAGAUCCAGAAGCAUUUUCUCCAGAGCGCUUUCUUGAUACCCACGUAAAGAAAACGGCCAUUGAUCCUUUCAGUUAUGCAUUUGGCUUCGGCAGGAGGAUGUGCCCAGGGCGCUUUUUAGCAGAUAACUCUGUGUUCAUACUUGUAACCAGUAUGGUGGCGACCGUACGGAUUUCGAAACCCAAGGAUAGCAAUGGCGUGGAAAAACCAUUUAAUCCUCCGUAUAUACCCGCAGGCCUGGCCAGUUUUCCAUAUCCAUUCGAAGUCGACAUUGAACCAGUAUCUGACAAAGCAGUGGCGAUCGUGAAAGGUAGAGCGAUGAGUAUUGAUUGA